CUCUCUUAUAGACAGUUAAAAGAAAAUCGAGAGUCACUGCACAGUUGAAGAACUGAAAGGUGAACUCUUUCUUCUCCAGUGUAGGGUUCACCAAGACCCAGUCAUGGUCUGCAACUGGAUGGUAUAGACCUCAGAGCCAGGAGCAGCAUUGCUUGUACUGAACCUGUUGCACUCAUCCCUUCUUAUGGUUGUGCCAGCUUCCAGUGUCUCACUCUGUGCCCACGCAAGGUGAUGGAUGGCAGAUCAGAGAUGGAGGUUGUGAGAACCAUAAAGGGAAAUGCUGCUGGGGAGGUCAGCGUUCAUGUGGUCACCACUGAGAGCACUGUGCAGAGCACCCACCUGCCAACGACUGCCUUCAUCUUACCAGCAAAUGCCACUACCAUCAACCUUCCUACGAGCACCUUAGAAAUCCAGCGAUUCCCCAGGGAGCCACCAAGAAACACAGGGGCUGAGAGGCCAGAGAAGGGAGUAGGGAGUGAACCCAUCACAGCCACUGUCAUUCCCCAGAUCAGUGGGGUGCAGACCUGCAACACAGUCCGUGUGCUGGAGUGGAAAGAUGGGGUGGCUACUUUGCCCGGGAGCAACCUGCGGUUUCGAAUAAAUGAGUAUGGGACGCUGAAGGUGUUGAGUGCUGACAAGAUGCCUCCAGCAGAAGCUAUAAAGGAGGGUCAUGCGAAGAAAGAUGGGGAGUCAGAUGUGGCACCCACUAGCAGAGACAAUACUAUUGUUGCUCAGGAUGUGCCAGAGCAACCCAAACUGCCUACAGCAGAUAGCAUUUGCCACUGUGAUACCUGUGGCCGGAGACAUGUGUCAGAUGGAGCCCGAGAAGGCAGGGGUUUCUGCAGCGAGCAUUGUCACCAGCAGUUCAAAGAAAGGUCUGUCAUUGUGGAAAAUGCUGCCAGCAGCACCAGUGCCACUGAAAUCCUCAAGCCAGUAAAGAAAAGAAAGAGGAAGGACUACCAGAGCCCUUCAGAAGAAGACUAUGAAUCUGAGCAAAUGGAGGAAAAGCAGGAAGAGCUGAAAAACUCUGUGGGAGAUUCUGCCAUCAGCAAUCCAGAGGCCGACACUUGGAGCCAGCACAGUACAGAGGGGCCAGGUGCCAGCGAGGAGAAGAAAGAAGGCUGGUCUUGGGCGUCCUACUUGGAGGAGCAGAAAGCUGUCGCUGCCCCUUUAGAUCUCUUCCAGGAUUACCAAGUAGCUUCCCAGCACAGGAAUGGGUUUAAAGUGGGGAUGAAGCUGGAGGGAAUUGAUCCACAACACCCAUCCAUGUAUUUUAUCCUGACGGUGGCUGAGGUAUGUGGUUAUCGGAUGCGUCUUCACUUUGAUGGCUACUCUGAGUGCCAUGAUUUCUGGCUGAAUGCUGACUCCCCUGACAUCCACCCUGCUGGCUGGUUUGAAGAGACAGGACACAAACUCCAGCCUCCAAAAGGGGUUUUAGGUUAUAAGGAAGAAGAAUUCAGCUGGACAAACUACCUGAAGAUAACAAAGGCGCAGGCAGCCCCUAAGCACCUCUUUGUGAUCCGAAACUCUCAUGAGGCUCCUCCAGGCUUCGAGGUGGGCAUGAAGCUUGAGGCUGUGGACCGCAUGAAUCCUUCCCUGAUCUGUGUUGCCACAGUGACUGAUGUGGUGGACGAUCGCUUUUUGGUGCACUUUGACAACUGGGAUGAUACUUAUGACUACUGGUGUGACCCCAGCAGUCCAUACAUUCACCCAGUCGGAUGGUGUCAGGAGCAUGGCAAACCCCUCACACCUCCUCAAGAUUAUCCUGACCCUGAUAAUUUCAUCUGGGAAAAGUACUUAAAAGAAACGGGAGCAUCUGCUGUCCCAGCUUGGGCCUUUAAAGUGCGCCCACCCCAUGGCUUCCUGGUCAACAUGAAGCUUGAGGCAGUGGACAGGAGGACUCCUUCCCUCAUCCGAGUGGCCAGUGUGGAGGAUGUGGAAGAUCACAGGAUAAAAAUCCACUUUGACGGCUGGAGCCAUGUAUAUGAUUUCUGGAUUGAUGCAGAUCAUCCAGACAUACAUCCCAUAGGCUGGUGCUCAAAAACUGGUCAUCCACUGCAGCCUCCUCUUAGGCCAAAGGAACCAGCUUCCUCUGCUCACUCAGGCUGCCCAACCCUGGGCUGCAAGAACAUCCCUCAUACCAAGAGCUCCAAGUACAGCUUUCACCACAGGAAGUGCCCCACGCCAGGUUGUGAUGGAUCAGGACAUGUGACAGGAAGAUUCACAGCACACUACUGCCUCUCAGGGUGCCCACUGGCAGAGAAGAACCAGGGCAGGCUUAAGGCAGACUUGUCUGACACUGAGGCCUCAACUCGGAAGAGGAACCUGAUCGGCUUCCCUCAGCGGAAGAAAUCUCGGCACCAUGGGAGAGGGCGACCUCCAAAGUACCGGAAGAUCCAGCAGGAAGACUUCCAGACUAUUUCUUCAGACAAUAUGCACCAGUCACUCUUCAUGUCUGCCCUGUCUGCCCAUCCUGACCGCUCUCUAUCACUGUGUUGGGAGCAGCACUGCAAACUCCUACCAGGAGUGGCUGGCAUCACAGCAACCACAGUAGCCAAGUGGACAAUUGAUGAGGUCUUUAGCUUUGUUCAAACUCUGACGGGUUGUGAGGACCAAGCCAAGCUCUUCAAAGAUGAGAUGAUUGAUGGCGAAGCAUUCCUCUUGCUGACUCAGGCUGACAUCGUCAAGAUUAUGAGCGUUAAGCUGGGCCCGGCUCUCAAGAUCUACAAUGCCAUCCUCAUGUUCAAGAAUGCUGAUGACACCUUAAAGUGACUUUUCUUGGCCCCACUGGGACCUUCCUUCAGCACUGGUGCUGCCAAACUGCCUGGCCAGGACAGAGACCCCCUGAGUGCCCUCAGCUUGUUGUGUCCUGCAGCAUCUCCUACAGUCUGUUUCCUGUCCCCUCCCUCAUUCUUUCUCCAUGCCACCUUUCUGCUCCAGUGCUGGGCAUGGGCUGACCACAAGCUGCAGAGACGGGGUGGAUGUGGAACUGCCUUAGUACAAAAGCUGCCCCGAUACCCCUCUGUGACUGCACCCAUAUGGGGUGUGAUCAAGGAUGGGGGAGCAGUGCAGAGGUUGUAACAGCUGGAGGCUGACUGUUCAGCUUAAGCCAUUGAGGUAAGGGAAAGGACUGACUGACUGCAUACAUGCUUGAAGGCUGGUCUUUGCUCAACAACUGGGAGAGAUUUUUGUUCUUUUUUUUCUCUUGUUGUGUUUCUCUCUGGGGGAUUAGGUGCUCUAAAGGAGCUUCUGCUCACUUUGUUUUUUUGUCUUUUGUUCUUGUGAUUCAAGGCUAGAUGAUAACUUUGCUUUGCCCCUCACUGUGCUGAGAAGCAGUAGCCUCGUCUCUUGCUCUUUCUGGCAAACUGUGUCCUGGCUGCAGCUCUGCCUAUGACUGUCUGUGUUUUGUUCUUUACAGAGAAGCCUGGUGGAGCUAGGGCUGGGUGACUGUAGAACAAGCUCCAUUUCCUCUUCUAGAAGCUGUCUUUGCCAGCAUGUCUGUGGGGAAAGAGUGGUUGGUUAAAUUGUUCCCCUUUCAGCAGUUAAAAAAAUCCUUUGCAAGGGAGAGUCAAACCUACUUUGGUCCAUGUGUUAGGAGCAAAGCCCUUUCUAGAGCUGAGGCAGCUGCAAAGGGCAAAAAAUAUCCGCAGGCAGAAUGAGGGCUUGGUUCCAAAGGCAUUCUUAGCCCAAUAGUCUUAAGUCUUAAGACUAAUAGUCCUGCUUAAUAGUCCAGCCAAGCUGCCUUCUUCCCCAUUUUGCCUUUGUGUGGUCCCUGGGUGUUCCUGUAUGAAGAGCAGGAUCCCUUGCUGUUCCUGGAUUUCUUCCCUUCAAAACCAAAAGGAAGUUGUUUUUUUUAUUAUUUUUUUCCCCUCCUAUAUUUUUACUAAUAUAUGAUUUUUCCAGCAAGGACGCAUGCACUUUGGAAAUGCUCAUGUAGCACUCUCCCCUGUAACAGAGCAGUGUUCUGGAAGAAGAUCCUCUCUUCAGAUAUUCCAUGUGUCCCCUGCUCCUCGGGAUGAGGCCCUGAAGCACUCACAUGGCACUUACUGUGGUCUGCCAUCCUUAUGUGUACAGCUGCUGCAGGUGUUGUUGGAGCAGCAGAGUGGCAGUGCUGUGCUGCAGGGCAGCCACAUACCCCAAGGGCUCUCCAUAGUCUGCAGUGAUGUGACCCCUUAAGUCCCACACUCACUUUCUUUCCCAUUCCCAAGAAUGACACACCAGUAGCAAAAUAUUUUUUCCCCCUUCCCCAGUGUCCAAAGAGAUGAGGUGUCUUAGCAAGUGCACCAGCAGUGUGUGGGGCAGAACUGCCUUGGGAACCACAAUCACACCUGAGUCAAUGUGUUCUAGGCUUCCCAUGGAAAUGUAGCAUUUUGACUCUUUGUUACUGAAUAUUUGAGGUUGCAUUUGACCUGCUGUUGCAAUGUCUGCUGCCGGCUCUUAAUGCAGUUAGUCAAUGUAUUUAUUUAUUUUGUCAGUGCUUGGGUUUGAGUAGACAGCUCUGUCAUCUUUUCAAGAACUGCACCAUGGUCUGCUGUGGAGAGAGGGUGUGAGUGGUAGGGGACACCUGUGUCCCACAGUGACUCCUCGAAUCACUCUUGAUUUGCAGUAAAGGUCCCAAAAUAAAUUGGUCUCUUCAGCUAUUAGAGAGUUUUCCUGGGCCACUGUGUGUUGGGAAGGAGGAAGAGCAGUCCUGGGACCUUCAGCUGUGAGAGUCUUCAUACAGACCACAUUGAGACAUUUUCAGGUGUGGUCUGGGAUGGAAUGGCUCCUGUUUGGCUCUUGUUACCCAUGUGCAGCACUUGGUUAUUAAGCUUAUAGGGAAGCAACUUAGGAAAGAAUCCUGUUCUCAUCUACUAACUUAGGCUAAGUCGCUCCUUCACAUGGGGAAGUGACUAAGCGUUGAUCCUGGGUGCUAGGAGAGGAAUGUCAGAUCUGAAAGCAGUGUGAAUGAUGGACAGCCUUGUUUAACACAGGGCUGCUCUGCAGAACAGAGGUGCUGGUGAGUUCAGAAGAUACCUGCUGAAGAACUACUCUGCUGUUGGGUGUAAUCAAGCUGUACUCUGCCUGGGCAACAGCAAAACAGGCAGACGUGUGUGCUCCAGACUGUGCCAGCCUUUGGCAUCAGCAGGAAGCUGUGCCUAUGGGGUAAUCCUCUCCUGGGUUCUUUUGACCUCCCUAUAAGAUCUGGUGGCACAGCUUGAUCCUAGGUCCCUGCUGGGCUGGUACUCUGGAAGCAGCUGCCAGGAAAACCAGUGCCACUGGAAAGGUAACGUGUGGAGUGAUGGUCUCUAUCACUCACUUGUCUGCUGUCUUGAGUCUCCUGCUGUCUUCUGUCCAUGGGCCUCCUAGGCUGACUCCUCUCAGCCCUCUGGGUACAAAUCUUGUGCACUGGUUUAUGUGAGAGACUCACAGGGUCUGCAGAUUGUUAAGGGCUAUUUGCUGUUAAAGCUUAUAAGCUUUUUUUUGAUUCCUCUAGAAUUGGAAAUCAAGCCCAAAGCAUUGUGAGUGUGGGUGUGGGUGUGUGUGGAUAGGUUUUUGUGGGUACUAGUGUGGAAAAAUCACAGAACGACGUCCUACACUGUUGGUGUGACACCGUUUAAUUGUGGUGGUCUCAGGCCAUGGAGGUGGCCCAGGGUCUCCAGCAAUGGAUUCUUCAUUAUCAGAAGUUGUCACUGGUCCCAGGAGGGAAUCCAGGAAGAAGAAAGUUUGCCUGCACCUCUAAAUUUAGCAUAAUGUCUCCACAGAGCACUGUAUGGGAGCCCCCUUUCAGGGAGCCUCAGGAUGAAGGCAGAAGGACCAAAGUUUCUUUUCCUUAUCACCAGACUAAACUCCUUGCAGGGAUAUUCAGUGCCAUGUCUCUGAGAAGCUGGAAUGGACAUGGGCUGCACUGUGCCCACGGGUUCUCUGUGGUCUUCCUGAGAUGUGUGACCACAGCCAAAGUUUCUAAGGUAGUGAAGGGUUUUAAAGUCAAAUGUAUUUUUCAGUAAAGUUUCGUUUUCCCCCUUCUCUCCCCAGAGCCAUCAUCCAUGUUUUCUGCUUUAGCCAUAUGAGUUGUUCCACCACACACUUUGGCAUCUUCUGGGGUGACUAGUCCACUGGUGACUCUGUAUACAUGGGCACAAUUGGAGCCUCUUGAGAAGGUGCUUCUCCUUUAUGGUAACAAGCAGCAUUGUGAUGGCGUGAGGCUGAGGUCUCUGUUUCUUUGAGAGCAGCCAACCUGAAGCUCAGUGAGGAGGGUGACUAUGUCUGCCCUAUGGAAGAACAAGUUCACUGGGAGGGUUUACGGCUUAGGAUAUCUGCCUCCUGCAGAGGCAAAUCUGGGGACUCAAGUGCAAUGAAAGGAGCUGGAGAAGAGGGAGCCAUGAGAUAAAUGUGGCUCGACUACUACUCUUCUGUUCCUCCUCACUCCUUAACCUGUUGGGAAGGGACUGCUUGAUUCAUAGGAGAGGAAAAUAACUGAGGGCUACAGCCUAGCUCCAUCCCUGCAACCCAUCUCUUCCUACUUGGGGGCAGAAAAAGGGGGAAUAUGUGGGAGGAGCGUGAUAUGACAACAAAGACUUUUUGCACUUUCAUUCAUUUUGCACUUGUUUUUAUUUUUUAUUUUUAUUAUAUAUAUAUUUUUUUAUAUUUGCACAUCCCCUUUGUGUUUUCAUAACAAAAAUAUUUUUGUUGUAGCCAGUGAAGCUUUUCUGAAAUUUGUGUCCCGACUAUAUGGAAGUUUAAAGGUUUUAUAUAUAUAAAUUUAUAUCUACAUAAAAUAAAUUUAUAUAUAUAGAUCAUGGUGUGAUGUGUUCUGUCAGUGUUUUAAAAUAAUAAAUGGAUG